AGGCGAAGGAAAAGGAGGGGGGAAAGGCCCGAGAAACUGCUGUGGCCCAGAGAGGCGCGGCAUCUUGCGAGAGCGGGCCCGCGUUUUCGCCGCGGGCCCCGCAGCACCGGCCGCUCAUGCCCCCUGCGCUCGACGGUCCCGCAACUUUUCGCGGGCGACUCGCGAUGAGCGACUGCCAGGAGCCGAAGGGGCCCUCAAAGAAGCGCAUCCUGGACCCUGACAGGCGAUGUAAGACGAAUGCGGGCGCGGCCGCAAGAAACCCUCGCAAGGAAGCCAACCCUCAGAACACGUGCAGCAGAUCCUUCAACGGCUGCGGAAAGUCAUCGCGAAGCGCGAGGAGCAAAGGAACCCAGGGUACCCUGACGAAAAGAAGACGGUUUCUCGAUGCGCUCCCCCACUGCAGACCUUCAGGGCCCCCGUGGGUUCCCGAGAACGAACGACGAGCGGCCGCCGGGCCGCAGAGCGGCGGCGGCGGCGGCGGGGCGGUGGAGCGCACGCUUUCGUGGACUCCUCCUCCUCCUCCUCCUCCUCC